AUGUCAACCCUUCCAAUAAAUUCGGUCCAUACAGACCCCAAGAAUGAUUCAGAGAACGCACAAGUUCGUCUGAAGGUGCCUGUGCGUCGUACCACCGGGUUGCGUGUGCCGCUCGGUGGCAAGGAUCUGAAUCGGGCGGUCCCUUCGUUGCACCGGUCGCAUUCAAACUCCCUUGAAAAGAGCACUCAACCUCAACGUAAACGGAUUCUUCUUCCUCGUGGAGGCGCUCCAUCCCUCACCAAGGCUAGCUCCUCGUUGGGAUUUGUCCACAGACCCACCACCAAUCUCACUGGAUCCGCUGGAGGCAAAUCUUUGAAAUUACAAAACUCCAAGGCUACUUCUCAAUUACAUCUGCAAUUUGCAUCGCGUUCAAAGCAACUCAUAGACACUCCACAAACAGACACCCUUGUGAAACUGGGACCUUCUACACCUUCUCCUUCUCAUUCUCCUAUGGCAAACCUUGAUGAUACAUUUUCUCCACAAACGAUGCAAUUGCAUGGCUCAAACAUUCCAAGACCAUUCCGUCUGACUGGGGAUCCACAAAAACGGUCCAAGAUGACACCUCCCCAUUUGAAUGACCCAUUGCAUGCACAAAUCCUAGAUGAUCUUUCCCUGGACCCAUCCAGUGUGGAAUCCAUCCCUGAACGUCAACCAGUAAUAUCAAAACCAUAUUCAUUAGAACCAUUAAGUGAGGAAGAUUUGGACUUUUUCGCACUCCCUAAUCGACUCACAGUGGCACAAGAUGAAUCCAAUGAAUAUGAAGAAAUUAUUCAUAAAAAUGAAAUGGAUCUCAAAUUCAGAGAAAUCGAUUUAGAUGAUCCACAAAACUUUAACUUUGAAGACCUUAGACCCGUGGUUCUGGAACCUACUGGGGAGGAAGAACUCGUUCCUGAAUUACAAGGUGUUGGGCUCAGUGUGGAUGAGUUGAACGAUUUGAUUGAUUUUUAG